AUGCUUAUAGCUGCGUCGGAUGAAUCAACAGAGAUUUACUACUAUCAUGUAACAGACGCGUUUCUGGAGAAUAAAGGGCGGCGAAAUUAUGAGAGCUUUGACGAGGCGAGCUGGGUGCAGCUUUAUGCAGCACCGUUAAUUUUGGGAUUUUAUGCCAUUUGCGAAAGAUCAGGCGAGCCAAGAUGGGAUAAUCCGGCCGAAGGUAUCAUUUUCUACCGAAAAAGCUCCGACCUCGUUUUGCUGAUUUUGCAACUUGAACCGGACGAGUUAGAAAUCCAAAAGCUCCUGCAUCUGCUAGAUACUGUUGUUUCUCUUAUCUCUGGCCCGCUGAGUUCGUUCUCAUUAUCAAACAAAAGCUCUUUUGGGCCUUAUCUGAGGACGAGAAUUAAAAUGACAAUGGAUAGCAUGCUUGAAGAAGGUUCUUAUGCGCCUAUUUUGCUUCCUGAACGAGUUUUUCUUUCAACGCAGGUGCACACAUCGUCUAACUUGGCGCUGAACAAAGCUCUCUCCGGUUUGAGCGAUACGGCGGCAGCGAUCGUGUGCCACGCAAAGGUUGUUCGCAGCGCGAGAAUUCGUGGAAUUGUUCAUCCCGCUGCGAUUCGACUUCUCGGGCAAAUAGUUAGCGAGCAAAUAGUGAAAGAACCGCUUGCUGUGUUUAUUCCACUCACCUCUGGUCGGACGAAACUGAUGCUGUUACAGUCGACAGAGUUGCUCGAUGAUAUUUAUUUAUUUACGCUCACUUCGCUGGAGGAAAGCAAUUCUUUCAUUCUCAACGAUCUCUACUCUUGGGAAACGUUGAUGCUUCAUCUUUCCCUGCACGCAUCGCUUUCUGAGCUGCAAAUGGACGAGAUUCGAAAUCUUUACGAAAAGCUCAAGAUCCGCCUCCCGAAGAGCUAUCAAGAGAUGAUCCACAAAAUCUGGAGCAAUCGGAUCAACUCGACUUUGGACUUUCUCUCCAGCGGGGAUCAUACGAGAGCCGAGAAGAAAUCCAAGUUCAAUGCCCAAUUCAGCGCUUUUGCCAAAAUUUCCGAAGCGUUACUAUCGCUUGUUUCUCGAAGCCUGGGGUCGGCGGUCCAUCUUUCAAAGAUGGGAAAGAUGGGUAAGAUGGGUGCUGGGAAAGAUGGGAAUGAUGGGUAA